AUGGUGAGCUACGUCGAUGGGCCAGAGCAUUCGCCUUCCGUCGGCGGGCGACUCAUAGGCGGUCGCUACCUUCGCCUGCGAAAGAUCGGAACCGGGUCGCAAGGCGACGUAUGGGAGUGUGAGGACAUUCGCACGUCGCACCGCGUCGCAUGCAAGUCCUUCUCCCCGUCCACGCGACGAACCAAAUCCUCCGUGGCCGUCCUCGAUAUAGACGCGGAGAUGCGCGCGUUACAAACCCUCGGCGGGCACCCGAACGUCGUACGCCUUAUAGACUUCUUCGUCGAUGCGACAGAAGUCCAUAUCAUAAUGGAACUUGUACAGGGCGGGGAUUUGUGCACAGAAAUCUGCGAGAACGGGCCGCUGCCGGAGCCGCUGGCUGCUACAGUGCUGCGUCAGCUCGCAUCCGCUGUCGCUUUCUGCCACGCCAACGGCGUCGUGCAUCGCGAUAUCAAGCCGGAGAACGUGCUGUUGGUGCGGCCGGUGCAGGAGAAACCAGAAGAUUGGGAAAGUGAAGGGCUGGAUAAUUGUCACCAGCAACAGAAGCUCCAGCCGCAGCAGCUUCUGGAUUCGUGCCCGUUACCUCUCAGUUUUGUCACACCAGAGGCGAGAGAAAAUGCGCUGCUACGAAAAGGGGGCCUUCGUGGCGAGCAGGAAAAGAGUGCGAUCAUGGAGAUGGCUUUGAGGAACAGGACGAAUAUCGCAGCACUCUUAUCGAGUACGGACCUGGUAACGGGGCAGACCUGCGCCGAUAUAAGCCCGAACGUCGUUCCGCAGAAUCUGUCGCCGCUUCCUGACCUCCAGUCACCGCCUCCUCAUUCCCCCGCAGCUACUCCCAAAUCAAGCCCGGUUCGGCCGUCCGUGUUUUCGCGCUUCGGGAGGCUAAAGAUCCAGCAGGCCUUGGCGCAUCGGCUAGGCCACGUGGGCGCGGGGCGGGGGAUUGUCGGAGUGAAGCUGGCGGAUUUCGCGCUGUCGACGACCGUGGAUGGAGGGAUGUCGGGGCAGAAGCUCGGGCGGGGAGCGGGCACGCGCAUGUACAUGGCUCCUGAAAUGAAGCAGCGCGGUUCGGGACGGGGCUCAGGAGAGGGGAGAGGUGGAGAGGGAGGAGGUGGAGGGAGGAGAAGUGGCGUGACGGAUGGUGCGCAUAAGGAUGUAACGGGAGGUGGAGAAGGGGAAAUAGGAGGAGGAAAAGAACAUUUUCGGUAUUAUGGGUGUAAGGCCGAUGUUUGGAGCUUAGGAGUGACGCUGUGCGUGAUUCUAACGGGGCUCAUUCCGGUUUUCGACCAAUCAGGCUGCUUGGAUCUAGGCGACCCAGUCUGGAGAAGGGUUUCGUGGGCGGCGAAGGAUCUCGUCUGUAAGAUGCUCCAGGUGGACCCGAAUCAACGGCUGAGCUCGUUCGAGGUUCUGGAGCACCCGUGGCUGAAUCAGAGGGCGGUUCGGAUGAGAGACAUUGCCACCCGGUUCCCGAACCUGCUCUCCCCGCUGCUUCCUGCCCCUGCUGCAUCUCGCUUGGCGAUUCCACUCCGUCGGCGUCAAAUUCAAGUGACAGCGUCCCAGGACCAGCAGCGGCAAGGAAGUGAUGAGCGCAGCAAGGAGGUUCUGGACGCCUUCUUUCUCGGCAAGGCCGUAGCAGAGGUGGUAUCAGAGCGGGUGGGGUCGGCUGUGGGAGAGAUUCUGAGUGAGGUGGGGAGGCGGCAGGCGGAGCAGCAGCAGCAACUGAAACAGUUUCAGGAGGAGGUGAAAGAGAGAGCAAGGGAGGCGUUGGAACGGGCAGCCAAGGAUGCCAAACGAUAA